CCUCAAGAGAUUGAAUGGGGUGACCGGGCCCAGCUGCCCUUCCUGACCAUGUGCAUCAAGGAGAGCCUGCGCCUGCACCCCCCGGUCACCGUCAUCUCCCGCUGCUGCACCCAGGACAUCACUCUCCCUGAUGGCCGGGUCAUCCCCAAAGGCGUCACCUGCCUCAUCAGUAUUUUUGGGACCCAUCACAACCCAGCCGUGUGGCCAGACCCUGAGGUCUAUAACCCUUUCCGCUUCGACCCAGAGAGCAGCAAGGACAGGUCACCUCUGGCUUUCAUUCCCUUCUCGGCGGGGCCCAGGUGAGGGC